AUGGAAAACAGUUCGAGCUAUGGGCCGCGGAAGACAAGACGAACUGCUAAUGCAUGCAUUGCCUGCCGUCAUAGUAAAAUAAAAUGUACUGGCGAGGCGCCAUGCGCCAAUUGCCAGCGGCGUUCACUGAGGUGUGAGUUUGUGGAGGGGGUCAAUCGGGUGGUGGUCUCUGAGAGAUAUCUUCGACAGUUAGAGAAAGAGGUUGAAGAACACCGCCAACUCGCUGGAGUCAGAAGCCCUCCGGAGUCGCCAUUGGAGUCGCAGACCAGGCUGAAAGACACAAGCAUAGCGGAUUCCACAGGGAUGCUUUCGGAUUCUGCGGACGAGCCAUUGCAACUACAAGGCUUCGGUUAUGCGCAGAGCAUCUGGACUAGUCCCUUUACCCUACCUUCAACGACCAUCCGGAAUAAUCAGCAAAAUAAACGCACUUGGAUUUGGCUGGCUCCGUCCUCAAUGUGGUCAUUCACGACUCGUCUAACCAUCAUGAUGACAGAGAAACUGCAGCUCCGAAACACACAUCCUUCCCCUACAUCAGAAAAGGAGAGCUAUCCUAUCCGAUGGGAGGCCUGUUCAGCGGGUGAACUUCCCGACAUAAGUGGCCUACCAUCCCUCGAUCAUGCGCUCUAUCUAUCCGAGACAGUCAGAUUCCACCUAGGGCAAAGUUACCGCUUGUACAAUGAAGAUGAAUUUAUCCACAACGUGCGAGAAUUUUACUAUGGGGACGCUGCAAAAAUGGCGACUGAGCAUAGACUAUGGUUUAUACAAUUUCUGUUGGUUUUGGCAUUUGGGACUGCCUUUCUCCACCGGUCGAAGAGGGCAAAGGAACCCCCUGGUUCCAAGUUCUUCACCCGUGCGAUGUCCCUGAUGCCAGACCACGCCCCACUAUGGAAGGGAAGUCUACUCGCCAUUGAAGUCUUAGCUAUGGCUGGACUGUAUCUAUACUCGAUCGACCAACGAGAGUCGGCACAUAUAUAUGUUCGCCAGGCGAUCCAAAUCGCACAGUUCGAAGGUCUACACACCCACCUCCCAGAGGAGCAGCUCGGCGCCGAGACUGUGUCCCGAUGUCGUGACCUGUGGUGGACUUUGUACAUCCUGGACCGCCAUUUCUCAUACUCCGUCGGGCUCCCUAUGAUGACACAGGAUAGCGACAUCAGUACGCCAAUCGAUCCGCCAAGCACAUGUUCUCACCGAGACAUUGUGAUGAGCCUACAGGCCAAACUGGCACACUUGCUUUCAAACAUCCUAAACACCGUCUACAAAACCGAGAAAACCCAAGUCGGAUCAUUCCUGGAGAUGACUAGGUCUACAUUACAGACGUUAGCAGGACACGCCCAAGAAGUGGAGAAAAUUAUCCAUGUCCGGUUCUCGAAUUCCGUCGAUACAAUGCCCAAAGGGACGCGACACAUCACAUUGCUGUACCACCAGUGCGUAAUCGUCGCCACCAGGCCACUCCUCCUUUCGGCCCUCAUCGAGCGAUUAGAAAAUCUCGAUCACGAGAGAGAAUACUGGCGAUCUUUUCUCGCUCUUACGAAAACCCUGAUAUCCAUCGGGAUCAAGUCUGCCGUUAAGAUGCUGCAAAUACUAUCUAAUGACGAUAACCUUCUCGAAAUAUUCCUCCCCUACGACCUUGAAUUCACCUACGCGGCAGCCCUGCACCUCGCAAUGGCAAACGCAGUCUUCCCACAAGCCCUAGACGGACAAGCUUACCUCGAGGAAGCGCACAGGAUCCUCGACGAAAUGAUCUCCAACGGAAACAAAGUAGCCGAGGUACGGAAGGCAGAGCUCGUGCAUCUCGAAAUGCUGUUUGAGGAGCUUGCCACGAGGGUCAAGGCUCAAGGACUCCAGCCUCUCACGCUCGUGAGUCCAGCAGGUGCAGAGGCGGUGCCUCAAGCCCAGGGAGUAGAAGAGGAUGGAGAUGGAGAGACGGUCACAGAUAUUGGGGUUUGGGAUCUCCCUAUCCCCGGCGACUCGCUUACUUCACAUCCGGCUGAUAUGCAGAUGUCGAGUGUGGAGUUGCUUAAUAACAUUGGCAUUUCGUCGUCCGACUUUCUGUAUAUUGUGGAUCAGAUUGGGAACCCGGAUGUUUCGUAUAGUAUAUUGGAUCUUGGGCGGGGUGGAGACAUGGAUUAA